AAACACGCGUUCAGUAACAAAGCAGCUGCCGAUCGUCGCGCGCACAUUUGGGGUUUUAGCUCGACUGCUGCAAAAGCGAAGUUGUUUGUGCGCAAGUGUUCGAGCAAGUGUUGCGCUAAGCGUUUACUGUCCGUUCCCUGAGAUUGUGCUGGCGGUUGUCACUUCACUCGCUCGUUACCACUCGCCUAGGACGGUUCGGACUUGGAAGCGUUCGGAAGAAGGAUCACCCGUUUGCAAACAAGGUGUCUUUGCGUCACGUUAAAAAGGUUUGAAGCAUCGGUUUUUUUGCAGUUGCGCUUUGGUGUUGCGUUUCGAUUUGAUGAAGAUCAACGUGCCCAUGUGGUGUAUCGUGUCCUGUUGCUCCCGUGCAGCUUCAAAAGGUGUGUUCUACAAGCAACCCGUUCGGACUUAGAAGAUUAAACGCUUGAAGAACGUAAAGCUUCACUAACUUGUGAUCUAGUUCGUGAUCUUGCUUUGUGUAAAAUCUUAAAAAAGUGUUUUUGUAUAUCGAUCGUAACGAGUUGUGUAUUUACAAGUGCUUUUCGUCUUCGUUUGUCUCUUUACAAAAAGAAAAACAGUGCAACAGAACAAACGAAAAAAUAAAAAAAAAAAAACGUUUCCUUUCGCAAAGUGAUUUUCUUUUUGUUCUACGCCAAAAACGACCAAACGGUGUUAAUGUGUCUCGUGCUGCUGCGCUUAUCAUCAGUACAGUGUGAACCAAUUUUCCACGACAGAGGAAGCUAUAAAACGGUCCGUUUGUUCGAGUUACGGCAACGUGCAAACGGUUGUUUGUGACACAAAGUUUAUAUCAAAGAAACAACACAAACUAGUAUUUGUAUCGUACAAAAACAAUUCCUGAUUGUUGCGUAAUUUUCUUUUCCUGUGCAAGCGCAACCAAAACCAAAAACACGCCUCGUCUACAUAGGAUGGUAGAAGGUGACACUGAUCAGAACCAAUCAAAGUAUACCGAUGUAAAGGACGACAGAGUAGCGAACGGUGACAGCAAGGAUCAUCCGUUGGCGGGAGUCGUUGCCGUCUCCCUGCAGGAGAAGUCACAGCUGGCCAGUCAGCAACUGAGCCUACCGCACGGACCACUGAACGGGGGCAGUGAUUGUGCGAUCGUCAGUAAGCAGCACGAGGCAAAGGGUGCCGACCCCGAACGGGGCGCCUACUCGAUCAAGGCUGACUUCGAGCAGGCGAUAGAGCUUACUGGUUAUGGCAGAUUCCACUACAUCCUGUUAGCAAUAUGCGGUCUGGUAAGCACCAGCGAGGAGAUGGACGUCAUCUCGAUGUCGUUCAUCCUGCCGUCCGCCCAGUGCGAUCUCGACCUGAACACGCAAAGCAAGGGCUGGCUCAACUCGAUCAUCUUCAUCGGCAUGAUGUUCGGUGCGUACGUGUGGGGCAGCGUUGCCGAUUCGCUCGGCCGCAAGAAGGUACUGAUCGUGAUCUCGAUCAUGAACGCGUUCUGCAUCGUCGCCUCAUCCUUCUCGCAAACGUACGAAGUGUUUAUGGUGUUUCGCUUCCUGAACGGUGUGGCGUUAGGUGGUAGCGGUCCCGUCAUUUGGCCGUACUUUGCCGAGUUCCAGCCUAAAUCGAAGCGUGGCUCCAUGCUUAGCUUUAUGGCUGCGUUCUGGACGAUCGGUAAUCUGCUUGUCGCUGGGCUGGCCUGGUUGAUCAUUCCCACCGGUAUCGGCAUCACAACACCCGCCUUCACGUACAACUCGUGGCGAAUCUUUCUGCUCGUCUGCUCCAUACCGUCGUUUAUUGUGGCCGCGCUGCUACUGUACCUGCCGGAAUCGCCUAAAUUUCUGCUAUCGCAGGGCAAGAUCGACGAAGCGCUUGCCAUCUUCCGCGGCAUCUACGUCACGAACACGGGCAAAACGAAAGACCAGUACCCGGUGAAGGAGCUGCUGAUCGACGAUGAGCUGCGGAAGGAGCUGGAAGCGGUCACCAAACCGAUCAAGAACAAGUACAAACGCAUGCUGUACGACAUACUGGACAACAGCAAGCAGGUGUUCAUGUCGCCGAUCCUGAAGUUUACCAUCAUCUCGAUCACGAUCAACUUCACGUUCCACAUCGGUUACUACGGGCUGAUGAUGUGGUUCCCGGAGCUGUUUAAUCGGUUCGAUGAAUUUACCCGCGCCCAUCCGGGUGUGGAGGAUGCGUCGGUGUGUCAGGUGACGGACUACGUGGUUGGGAUGGGAUCACACUCGCAGAGCGGCGUCUGUUCCGCCACGAUACCGAGCACGGUGUUCAUGGAGUCGCUGAUCACUGUGGCGGCGGCCCUGCCCGCUAAUAUUAUUGCCGUGCUGGGUAUGGACCGGCUGGGAAGGAAGUUCUUCCUCGUGUUCAGUACUAUGGCGGCCGGGGCCUGUUCUGCGUCGAUGUACUUCGUCACCAACCAACAUUCGAAUCUUGCCGUAUCGGCCGUCUUCAGUGGUGUCAUCUCGAUGGGUAACGCCUCACUCGACUGUCUGAUCACGGAAGUGUUUCCAACGAAUUUACGUGCAACCGGAGUUGCGAUAUCGAUGGUGGCCGCUCGUUUGGGAGGUAUUAUCGGUAACGUGGUUAUAGCCACGCUGCUCGAUCUUUACUGUCCCGCACCAACGUUCAUCGUGGCCGUCCUGCUGGCGGGUGGCGGUCUGAUGUGUCUGUUCCUACCGAACACUACGCGUACCGCACUGUCCUAGUGCGGCACGUCACCAAAACCACCGACUGGGCAAUCAGCGUCGUGUGCAUACGCUGAUGAAUUCAACAACGACGCCCUAUCCAACUCAUGGAAGCUGUUUAUUAUUUUUUUCGUUUUUUUAUUAUUUCACAUUCAUUCGUAAACCAUAUUAGAUCAUAUUUUUUGUUUAUUUUUCUAUUCGCAUUAUUUUUUGUUUAUUCUGUUUUGUUUUCUUUUGUUAUGUAUUUUUGUACACACGGUAUAAGGGGAAGAGAUUUAAUCCAACAGAGAAAAAAGGACGGAGAAAACAUAAUGAUUUUAUUAAACGCGUAAUGAGACGAUACAUAUCAGCAAUGCACAAUUCCUAUCAGCACAAGCGAAUCGAUCUACUACGGACCGAUCAAUUUUGGACUGGUCUCUGUGGAAAGUGUAAUUUCCAUAAUCGUUCUGUUUUAUACUCCUUCACUCUACCCCGUUCCACCACCAUGUACCUAAUUCAAACCGGAAUGAAUUGUGAAUUAAGCCAUUUAUGAUAGCCGCCGUACACGACGCCGUGACGUAAAUGUAACGCGUGCGUGUACCCGUCUAUGCAAAACCCGUCAAAAGAAUUUAUUGUACAGGCCGCAGUUGGGGAAGUGUUUAACUUAAUCUUAAAACAAAAUAGCAUGCCUAUUUGCGACUAGGCGUAUCGAUAAAGUAAAUGAGAAAAACGAGAGUAGCAAAUAAAACGUUUUAGCAAGCGAAA